CUCCACCACGUGAGCAUAGUCCCUCUCCACCCGGUGAGUGACACGUGGCGCCACGUCAAUGGGUGGUUUCAUGGAGAAAGAUCUGAAAAUUCUCUCUUUAAUAUUUCAAAUUGUUGGGUCUCCCUCUCGUGAGGAACGAAGAAGAUGCAGUCUCUCUUUUCUUCUUUUCAAAAUUCACUCUCUCACCUUUGCUCCCAAUCCACUGCAUUCUCCACUGCGCCGCCUCUGCUGUCCCCUCCAGGAGUCCCCGUUGGCAGCUCCGAUUUGUCGUUUGUUUCCAACGAGCUCAGAUCCGCUGCAUUCUCUGGUGCGUUGCUGCUGCCUCCAGUAUAGAACAUCAUCAUGACCAUUUACCAUGAUCAUUCUGUAGUGGAUUCUGAAAUAUUGUGCUUGUCCUGUUGUAGAAACCAGGAGCAAGUUGUGCUCUGUCUGCACCGCCAUAUAUAGCUUCUUCGGCUCCUCUGGCGCCUUCAUAAUUUGCAUGUCGUCUCGUAUCAGCUCUUCCUUAUAGUAUUCCAUUUUGCUAAGAAAACUGCUUUUGAGCUGCUUUGGAUUUUGGUCUUUGAGUGGCUAGCGUUCUUUUCUUAGUUGUGUUUUCCAUCUUCUCAGGGGUUCGGCUCCAUAAGGUUCUUUCUCAGAGCUUCAAUAAUAUGGCCUGGACUCUCAGACUAAAAAAAGGGCAGGUGUGAUCUGUAAAAUUAUGUAUCAGGUUCAAGAGCAACAUACAAGAAAAUAAAUGUCAGAGGAUGGAGUACAUAAGACGACCUUUGUGAUUUCUCUAAUUCACUCGUUUCCCAGCAAUAUAAUGAGCAAGCUGUGCACCAUCUGUACUGCCAUAUGUAGCUUCUUCGGCUCCUUAGCUACCUUCAUACUCUGUACCUCCUCCCGCAUCAGCUCCUCCUUACGGUGCACUUGUCAUAGCACACCUUGUGACAGCUCCUGCAUACCCAUCGUAUCCACCAUAUCCAGUGACCUACCCACCUCCACCACAUUUUCCCAUUUUUUUCCAACAGCCUAUGCUUCUCCAGCAUUCCCUCCUCCCCCUUUGGCUUAUCCUCUGCGUCCAUCUCCACCACCUCCCAACCCUCCUGUUUCUUAUUCGGGGCAUUAUCCUCUACAACCCUGCUGAGAGAGACCUUCUACUAAAAGAAAUGUCAAAGGUUCCGCAGGAAGCUGCUGUUGUAUAGUCAUGUAAUAAUGUUGUCAACACCGGAAGUUCUCUUCCUUUGACCUGGAAACUUUUCUUUGUUUUCUUAUCUUAUUGUUGCUUGUCAAGAAGUCUUUGUAUAGCAAAUUACCUUCACUG